CUCCCCGCGCUGCCCCCUCUCCCGCGGGCCGCGCCCCAGGGCCCCGCACUGACGCCCAUGGCGCCGCCCGCCGCCCGCCUCGCCCUGCUCUCCGUCGCCGCGCUCACGCUGGCGGCCCGGCCCGCGCCCGGCCCCGGCCUCGGCCCCGGACCCGAAUGUUUCACAACCAACGGUGCAGAUUACAGGGGGACGCAGAACUGGACGGCACUCCAAGGCGGGAAGCCAUGUCUGUUCUGGAACGAGACUUUCCAGCAUCCAUACAACACUCUGAAUUACCCCAAUGGGGAGGGGGGCCUGGGCGAGCAUAACUAUUGCAGAAACCCAGAUGGAGAUGUGAGCCCCUGGUGCUACGUGGCGGAGCAGGAGGACGGCGUCUACUGGAAGUACUGCGAGAUCCCUGCUUGCCAGAUGCCUGGAAACCUUGGCUGCUACAAGGAUCAUGGAAACCCACCUCCUCUAACUGGCGCCAGUAAAACAUCUAACAAACUUACCAUACAAACCUGCAUCAGUUUUUGUCGGAGUCAGAGGUUCAAGUUUGCUGGGAUGGAGUCAGGCUAUGCUUGCUUCUGUGGAAACAAUCCGGAUUACUGGAAGUAUGGGGAGGUAGCCAGUACUGAGUGCAACAGCGUCUGCUUCGGGGAUCAAACCCAGCUCUGUGGUGGCGAUGGCCGGAUCAUCCUCUUUGACACUCUCGUUGGCGCCUGCGGUGGGAAUUACUCGGCCAUGACUUCUGUAGUCUAUUCCCCUGACUUCCCUGACACCUACGCCACAGGGAGGGUCUGCUACUGGACCAUUCGGGUCCCGGGAGCCUCCCACAUCCACUUCAACUUCACCUUAUUUGACAUCAGGGAUUCUGCAGACAUGGUGGAGCUGCUGGACGGCUACACCCACCAAGUCCUGGUCCGUUUCAAUGGAAGGAACCGCCCACCUUUGUCCUUUAAUGUCUCCCUGGAUUUUGUCAUUUUGUAUUUCUUUUCUGAUCGCAUCAAUCAGGCCCAGGGAUUUGCUGUCUUAUACCAAGCUGUUAAGGAAGAACCACCACAGGAGAGGCCCACUGCCAACCAGACGUUGGCCGAGGUGAUCACGGAGCAGGCAAACCUCAGCAUCAGCGCUGCCCGGUCCUCCAAAGUCCUCUACGUCAUCACCACCAGCCCCAGCCACCCACCACAGACCGUCCCAGGUAGAUGGACAGUGUAUGGCCUGGCAACUCUCCUCAUCCUCACAGUCACAGCCAUCGUAGCAAAGAUCCUGCUGCACGUCACAUUCAGAUCACAUCGUGUUCCUGCUUCAGGGGACCUUAGGGAUUGUCGUCAACCAGGGACAUCAGGAGAAAUCUGGAGCAUUUUCUAUAAGCCUUCUACUUCCAUUUCCAUCUUUAAGAAGAAGCUCAAGAGUCAGAGUCAACAAGAUGACCGUAAUCCUCUUGUCUCUCAGCUUAGCUGCCCUGGCGUGGGGUAUUUCUCAAACCUUCCAGCUGCAGCUGCCUCCCCUCAGGCUGGCCGGCUCAGGGGUGAAAGGGCCUCCCCCGCUGCCUACAGACCCAGGGGGGUGCCCAUUGCACAGGCUUGUGUCUUGUGAGUCCAGCAUACUCAACAAGACGGAAGUGGAGUGUGGAAGAAAGUCCGAGGCAAAUCUGCUUCAGAAAGAAUGUGUCUUCGGGAGCACGUGGCGGGGAGCUGCCAUCGCAGGGGUCACGCAGCGUCCAAACCUGCCCACGUCCAGGCUCACCUUCCUGUGGGGAUCUUGACUUUGGAUGACAAGGCUUUAUUUGUAAAUAUGCUCUUAAUAUGCAACUUUGAGAAUAAAAUAGAAACAUCAUGUAUUUUAAAAUAUAAGAUGAAGUGUGACGCACUGUAUACAAUUUAAUAUAUAUUUUUAGGGGUUUUGUUAUUUAAGAAAAUGGAAUGUAAUGGUACUUAACUUUUACAAAAGAGAGAAAAAUGUUAUUUUUACUGCCUGGAGAAAAUAAAUAUUCUCAUUGUUGUAGAAAUGGGA